AUGGAAAUGCACAAUCAUUGGUGCUCAGCAUCACUUUUUCUCAUUAUUUCUUGCUUUGUUGGGUUUCUUUCUUUUCCAGCUGAUGCAGCAGUGAAGAAGAAUCAAUUCGAUGUGGUUAAGAAUGUGAGCAGAUUGUGCUAUUCUAAACCAAUUGUUACAGUAAAUGGAACGUUUCCAGGACCUACUAUCUACGCUAGAGAAGGCAAUCGAAUUCUUAUCAAUGUCACAGACUACGCACAAUAUAACUUGUCUAUUAGUUGGCAUGGAUUGAAGCAAUAUCGAAAUGGUUGGGCAGAUGGACCAGCAUGCAUAACACGAUGCCCUAUAAAAACUGGACACAGCCACACUUACGAUUUUAAUGUCACUGGACAACGAGGAACUCUGUGGUGGCAUGCACAUAUUCUGUGGCUAAGAGCCACAGUUUAUGGUGCCAUUGUUAUUAUGCCUAAAGAAGGAACACCAUUUCCAUUUCCUCAGCCUUAUCAAGAAACUAAUAUAGUUCUGGGAGAAUGGUGGAAUUCGGAUGUUGAAACAAUUGUAAACCUAGUUAAUAAGUUAGGCUUGCCACCACAAACCUCUGAUGCUCAUAACAUCAAUGGGAAACCAGGGCCACUCUUCCCAUGUUCUGAGAAACAUACAUUUGCCAUGGAGGUGGAUUCCGGAAAAACGUACCUACUAAGGAUUGUCAACGCUGCACUUAAUGAUGAGCUUUUCUUUGCCAUAGCUGGUCAUAACAUGACUGUUGUAGAGAUUGAUGCAGUCUACGCGAAGCCAUUCACAACUCAAGCUAUUCUAAUUGCACCAGGUCAAACCACUAAUGUUCUUGUUAAAGCUGACCAAUCUCCAAGCCGAUACUUCAUGGCAGCCAGGCCUUUCAUGGAUGCUCCAAUUCCAGUAGAUAAUAAAACUGUUACAGCCAUUCUGCAAUACAAAGGCAUCCCAAACACAGUUCUUCCAACCUUGCCUCAAUUGCCUGCUCCGAAUGACACCAACUUUGAAUUAAGCUACACUAGUAAACUUAAAAGCUUAAACACCCCACAAUAUCCUGCCCAGGUCCCCCUUCAGGUUGAUCGCCAUCUUUAUUACACAAUUGGUUUAGGACAAAACCCAUGUCCCACUUGCCAAAAUGGCACAAAACUCACAGCUUCAUUGAACAACAUAACCUUUGUGAUGCCAAAGAUUGGACUCUUACAGGCUCAUUAUUUCAAUAUCUCCGGAGUUUUCAGAGCUGACUUCCCUGGCCGCCCUCCUGUUCCAUUCAACUACACCGGUGCACCUCUUACCGCCAACCUUGGCACUUCAUUAGGAACAAGGCUGAGUAAGGUGGCUUUCGAUUCCACCAUUGAAUUAGAGUUGCAGGACACAAAUCUUCUUUCAGUAGAGUCACACCCGUUUCAUCUUCAUGGUUACAAUUUCUUUGUUGUUGGAAGUGGAAUUGGGAACUUUGAUCCCAAGAAAGACCCGGCUAAAUUCAACUUAAUUGAUCCUCUUGAAAGAACUACAGUUGGAGUUCCAACAGGAGGAUGGACUGCUAUCAGAUUCAGAGUUGACAAUCCAGGUGUUUGGUUUAUGCAUUGUCACCUUGAGCUGCACACUAUGUGGGGAUUGAAGAUAAUGGAAUUUGUUGUGGAGAAUGGAAAGUCGCCGGAGGAAUCCAUUUUAUCACCACCAAAGGACCUUCCACCCUGCUGA